AUGUUGUUUUUAAUGGGUACAGUAUUUCGAUUAGAAUCAAUUGAGCAAUUAGUGAAUAGAAUCUGGCGUAUUAGGUUGAAACUAACCGAAAAAGAAUUGAACGAAACACAAUUGUUAGUUGGUCAUUAUAAAAGUGAAUUCGGUGAAAGCGUAACCAUAAUCACUUUGGGCAUGCUUUGGACAGAAACUGGACGAUAUAAGCGAGCUUUAGGUUAUUACGAGAUGUUAUUAAAUGAGUAUUCUUCAUCUCAUAAUGUUAAAAUUGCACUUUAUAAUAAUACCGCACUCAUAUAUGUACAACAGGGUCAGUUUUCAGUUGCAGAAAAGUAUUAUAAAAUGGCAUUAGAAUUAACAGCUGAUCGUUCUUUAACUUCAUCACUUGAGUCCGAUAGACAACCAGAAAAAUCGGAUAUCAUAUUGAUACAGCCUAAAAGAAAGAUAUCUUCUCCAUCAAUAACGUACUAUAAAUUAUUUGAAUGA